AUGAUGGAGGCGUUGGAAGAGGAACGUCCGGCGUCAGCUAUUUCGCUCGUCACAGAAGAAUCGAUUGUGAAAGAAUUAAGAACGAUGCUUCCUUUAAUGAACGCGAACACGGCAACACUAAAGAUCGUGAUGCAGAAGCUUGCAAGUCGUUUUGGCAUGAAUUUUGCGGACAUCAAAGCGCAGUGGAGGCCUAGAAUUAAGGCGGUGCUUCCUGGAUUGCUAGGACUAUGUCAAAGUGGAGAAGGUGGGAAUGAGAAUGCAUCUGCUGAAACGAGUAACGGAGAUGAGGAUGAUGCUGAUUCUAAACCGAGUAGGCGGCGCGCCGUCAAUAAGCGUAAUGCAGUGGUGGAUGCUAGCGAUGAAGAAGAUGAAUACGCAAAUAGCAGUGAUACAGGUGGAGGCUAUCUUGACGGCUCUGAAGAUAAAAGUCUUAGUGAUGAAGAAGAACACGUCUUAGACAGUGAUAUAAGUGAGGGCAAUGAAUUGAGCUUAGGCAAAGGUGGCGCUCAAAGACGAACAAUGAGUCACAGAAAAAAACGAAAGGGUACGGAGUCUGCACUGCCAACAAAAAAGUCGAAGACAGCUGAGCAUCCGGACCAGACAGGACUUGCAUCUUUAAAGGAACUCGGUCGCGCAGCUGGGGCUCUCAAUCCCCAAGUUUACAAGCACCUGAAGAGUGCGAAGUCGACCGAAGAAGCAGAAAAUUUUUUGCGCGAACGGCUGGAUCAAGCUGGAAUAUCGUUUCACGGCUUAUACCCGACAUGCCGCGACAUAAGCGCCGCAAAGAAGAAGCACGCCAGGGAGAAGGAGCUGGAGGGUAUCGACACGAGCUUGAUAAUUUCGGACAGUAGGCCGCGUCGUGGAGGAGUGAGGCAUAUUUCGUACAAGGAAGACCCUAUCAGUGGUGAAGAAGAUGCUGAUCACGACGAUGCCGAGGAUGAUUUUGAAGAAAAAUUAACGGCAAGUGAUUCAGAGUCGUCGGAAGCUACAUUUUAG